UCAUCGAACAAGGUAAACAACCGAAACAAAAUUCUUUCACCCACAUUUCUAGCGUGUUAUCACGUUAUCAGCGUUCGGUAAUUAAUUAAAUUUUCAUCUCGAAUAGAAAAUUAGUCCACUAAAAUUCAACUGCCCAUAAAUUGUGGAUUCACUCAAUAAUCGUAUGGAAAUUGCUGGAAAUACAAUCGUGAUGAGAUUUUGAUCGAGUCAUCUGGGUGGAUGUGGAUUCAUUACUAUUGAUUCGAAAUACUCGUUAUUUAACCCCUCGAUACUAAUGUUCCUGUGACAUGAAUCGUAACACGAAGAGGAGAGUGCCAUUUCACUGUUUAGUCAGUAAAGAAAUAGUUUCUUCGAAGAAGAACUCGAUAGAUCGGCCGACGGAAGGAGCAACAUGUACGGUUUUCCUAAGUAAUUUAUACGUCGAAGACACUAGUAACUUUUUACAUUCGGAAUACUUCAAGCCGGACGUAGAUAUUCGAGAUUUAUGUAUAACAAUCGGCGAAGCUGACUGCGAACUAGAUCGUGGUCUAGAGCAAGCGCUAUGUUGCAUGAAUCAAGAAGAAGAGAGUAAAGUAACGUUAAGUUUAAAUGAUCAAGAAAUUACCGUAUUCGUGAAACUAAUCAAGUUCGAAAACCCGCCUUAUGUAUUCGAAUGGACUGACGAAAAGAAAUUUUCUACAGCAUUAGCUCAUAAAGAAAGAGGUAAUAAAUUAUUUAACGAAAAAAGAUACGUGGAUGCGUUUCAUAGAUUCAGCAAAGCUGUCAAAUUAGUCCUAGUGAUCGUGAACGAAGAAAUGCCGGGUAAAAAUAACCUAUACCUGGCAUUAUGCAACAACAUGGCAGCCUGCCAGUUGCAUUUUCGCAACUACGAAUACGUCGUCGAUUUAUGUAAAAAAGUAUUGAACCAGACUCCGGAUAAUUUGAAAUCGCUAACGAGGCGAAUGGACGCAUUCGUCGCUCUGAGGGAUUUCGAAAAAGCCCACAACGACGCUACGAAAAUCCUGCAACUAGAUCCGUCCAACGAGUACGCUAAAAAGAAAUUAGACUUUAUUAAUAAGAAUUUAGCCGAGCAGCACGUUCGAUAUGUUAAAAUGGUCAAACAAAUGUUCAUUUAGAAAAACAUCACGUUCAAUUUGCAACUUUUUAUUUUUUCAGUUCGUGUAUCGAAGCGUAUAUACUCGAUGCAAAUGUGAGCACAAAUAUAAACAAAAAAACUAGUCUAAAAAUAUCAUCGUCUCUGAAAUUUUCAUUCUUUAAAUUCUCUAUUUAUUUUCUUCGAGUAACAAUUUUUAUUUUUAUUUUUCUAAUAACAAACUAUUACCUACGUAGAUCGUAUUUUACGCGGUUUCGUGCUUUUUUUUAUGUUUUCAAAUAAGUACGUUACCGGCAUUAAGUAUUUUUCAUCAAAGAAACGCACCAUUGUAGCAUUUAUUUUGUUUAAACUUUUUUUUGACUAUUAGGUAACGAUGAAGGGAACAUUUAUCAUUUAAGCGCGUUUAAUUUGUAACAUUCGUCUAUUUUGUACUGAAAUAAAAAAGUUUUUCUUUAUUUUACAUAA